GGUACCAACUAGUCUAUUCCGCAUGGAGCUUAACUACUGCCACAUACUGAAGAAACAAGAACACGAUCGAGCAAAAUCUGGAUUGUUCAUGACAUUCUCAACAUCAUGAUAAUGCCUAUACCUUUGAUGAUAUCUUUAACUGUGGCUUUGUUUUGUUAUGUUUUCCAGGAGCUUCAUUGUUUAGUUUCUUGUUUGGAUCUGAAAACUGUGAAAAUUUUAGUGAGAGAUUUGCUUACGUGAUGUGCGGAUUUUUUUAGGGGAUUCGUUUCUUGGCCUGUGAAGGAGAUACUAGAUUUUUAAAAAUAAAAAUUAACUAAAAGUUGAUUUGGUUUAAGAAUAAUGUUUUUUUCUUUUGUUUUGCUAAGAUUAUUUCAAUUUUUUCUUAUGAGGAGGAUAAAGAUGAGGCGGUAGAAGAAAACUUGUUUCCUUUUUUUUUCAUGAGUAUGGAAGAUUUGGAUAGACUAGUUGGGUAAGAUCCCUAAUCCCUAUAAAUAUAAGCCUGACAUCUUAGGGAAGGAAGAUGAAUCAAAUCAAGCGUUGGGUUUUUGAUCAUCAAAUCAACCAAGUCGUCAUGCAAAAGCAAAAGAGUCCGCGAGUAUUUUUCUUCUACCCUAUCAGUUUCUCACCGCGCUCCCAGUCAAUUUCGGAAAGCCGUUUCGCUAUAACUCUAAAGACUUUCCGGAGAGAUAUUUACCGUCCGAUCACGGGGAAAGAACGACUAUUCGGACAGACAUCACUAGGUCGUCCUUCAGUUCAAAUCAAAUUCGAGAUCCCUACAGAGUUUCUAGCCUCCUCUAACGUGGAAGCAUGCCGACGACACGUGUCGUUCGUUUUGGCGAAUGUUGAGCCAAGAAUUCGGGAGAUUAUUGUUCUGUAUGGCAUUCAACUCAUCGGAGAGAGCCGAGGAAGAGCUUUCGAGCUCAAAGCUGAUGCGGAAGAUGUUGAAUAUCACUUGAUGGAAGAAAGCAAAGGCUGGACAACUUCUACUUGUAUCCCUAAAUCGACUACUACUCCGGUCGAGGAAUGUACUAUAUGCCUUGAAGACUUAUGCGACGACGAAAAAACUGUAGUGGCACAUGAUUGUUGUCAUGUUUUUCAUAAACUCUGUCUUUGGCGUUGGAUUUGGACCAAAAGCACUUGUCCUCUUUGUCGUGAUCCUAUUUAUUCAAGACCCAACCCAAAUUAAGAUGCGUAUCCUACUUACCAGAUGUAAAUUAUGUAUUUCUUGUGUAAA